AUGACUAUAAAGGAAACUGACCUCCUAAUAAUAAAUGUACAUAUGCUGACCUACCUGGGCUUAAAUGGGAAAGAUGGAUUGCCUGGUCCUCAGGGUUUAAUGGGUAAACCUGGUGAUAGAGGCCCCAAAGGAGAACGUGGUGAUCAAGGUAUACCAGGAGACAGGGGCCCACAAGGUGAAAGAGGAAGGCCUGGCCUACCCGGAGACCAAGGACCUGUAGGACCUAUUGGAUCUGCAGGGCAAAAAGGCAAUCCAGGAUCUCCAGGUGUAAAGGGCUCUCCAGGUUCCCCAGGAGUUCCAGGAUUACCGGCUGAUUCAGUUUCUUUCGAGGAAAUGAAAAAAUAUGUCAGACAGGAGGUUCUUAGAGUCUUUGAAGAGAGGAUGACUCAGUUUGUGUCUCAGCUCAAAUUGCCUGCUGCUAUGCUAGCUGCUCAAACUCAUGGAAAGCCAGGUCUUCCAGGACAAGAUGGAUUACCUGGGCCACCUGGGGAACCUGGACCACCAGGCUACAGAGGACAAAAAGGUGAAAGAGGUGAGCCUGGAAUUGGCCUGCCAGGUGAUCCUGGCCCACCUGGUCCUUCAGUUACUGGUAUGCAAGGCCCACCCGGAGCUCCAGGAGAACCAGGUGCCCAGGGACCACCUGGCCCUACAGGAAGAUGCAAUCCAGCAGAUUGCUAUCAUCAAGUCUCUCAAACUCAUCCCCGAACAACUGGGAAAUGA